AUGGAGCAAGUGUCCGGGCUGCUUUCCUGGGCACUGAGCAGAGUCCUAUGGCUCUCUGGCCGCUCUGAGCAGGGAGCUGCCUAGCAGCCCCGGAUCAUGGAAGAGAAAGCGCUAGAGGUUUACGAUAUAAUUCGACCUAUCCGGGACCCAGAGAAGCCCAAUACUUUAGAAGAACUGGAAGUGGUAACAGAAAGUUGUGUGGAAGUUAAGGAGAUACAUGAAGAAGAUUAUCUGGUUAUUAUCAGGUUCACACCCACGGUACCUCAUAGCUCUCUGGCCACUCUUAUUGGGCUUUGCUUAGGAGUAAAGCUUCAGAGGUGUUUGCCUUUCAAACAUAAGUUGGAAAUCUACAUUUCUGAAGGAACCCAUUCCACAGAAGAAGAUAUAAAUAAACAAAUAAAUGACAAAGAGAGAGUAGCAGCUGCAAUGGAGAACCCCAACUUACGGGAAAUCGUUGAACAGUGCGUCAUUGAGCCUGAUUAG